CCUUCUCCGAGCUCUCCCAGCCCGAGUCUGCCAGGGACCCCCGCGGGAUCCCAGGAGGCCCCGGUUUGCCGUGGGUUCUAGCGUUUCCCAGCUUGGGGGAACGCGGGCAGGCAGUGAUAACUCAGGGAUCCCUGCCUGGCCCACGGAUUCUAGAAUCCAGUGGAGAGGAGGACAGGAGACAGCACGCGCAUCUCCCCUUGAAAACGGAAGUGUUGAAGAACUACCCUUUUGUAUGGAGUGCUUACAUGGGCCAGGUGCCUUCACUUCAUCACGUGCCUCGUAGCAGCAGCAGCAACAGGUGAGAUCUGGAGACGACAGGAAAAUGGCCACCUGGGAUGAAAAGGCAGUCACCCGCAGGGCCAAGGUGGCUCCCGCCGACAGGAUGAGCAAGUUCUUGAAGCACUUCACCGUCGUUGGGGAUGACUACCACGCGUGGAACAUCAACUACAAGAAGUGGGAGAAUGAAGAGGAGGAGGAGGAGGAGCCACCGCCCACACCGGCCUCGGGCGCAGAGGGCAGAGAUGCCGAUCCUACCGCGGCCCCUGCCCCCGUGCCCAGGCCCCGCCUCGACUUCAGGACCACUUUGAGGAAGCUCUUCAGCGCCCACAGGUUUCAGGUUAUCAUCAUCUGCCUGGUCGUUCUGGAUGCCCUCCUGGUGCUCGCCGAGCUCGUUCUGGACCUUAAGAUCAUCCAGCCUGACAAGAAUAACUAUGCCGCCAGGGUGUUCCACUACAUGAGCAUUGCCAUCUUGACCUUUUUUAUGAUGGAGAUUUUCUUUAAAAUAUUCGUCUUCCGCUUGGAGUUCUUUCACCACAAGUUUGAAAUCCUGGACGCCAUCGUCGUGGUGGUUUCCUUCAUCCUCGACGUUGUCCUCCUUUUCCGGGAGCAUGAGUUUGAGGCUCUAGGGCUGCUGAUUCUGCUCCGCCUGUGGCGGGUGGCCCGGAUCAUCAACGGGAUAAUUAUCUCGGUUAAGACACGUUCUGAACGGCAGCUACUAAGGUUAAAACAGAUAAAUAUACAACUGGCCACCAAGAUCCAACACCUUGAAUUCAGCUGCUCUGAGAAGGAACAAGAAAUUGAAAGACUUAACAAGCUAUUGAGACAGCAUGGACUUCUUGGUGAGGUGAACUAGAGGCAUACCUGCUCCACCCACCCCAAAGGGAAGACCUGCCUCACGGGCUUGUGACGAGGAAGACAGCCGCCCCUCCUGGGGCCACGUUGGGGAGAGGUUUGCUCUGAUGGCUUUGUCUCACUGCUGCCAGCUCGGAUUCUGGGGGACACAGUCUUUCAGAGGCUCUAUUUCUUCCUUGGUGUGACUGAGAAUGUCCCAUCCCAUUCCCACCCCACACUGUUUAACAAAUAUAUCAUAAACUAUAUUUUUCUCAUGCUGAA